AGACACAUAUGCUGACAACGAAAAGAGAGUCCCGUGAGAUGCAGUCUGGACGAUCCAAUCUGCGUGACCGUGAGACUUGUGCAUGUACGCACACAGACUAGAUCGACGGGCUCAGGCGCAGUGAAGAGGAUCACGUUGAACGUACAUAAUACAUAGAUUAUACGCUAAAUCAAUGGAAAAUAAUGCCCUCUGCAAUGGUCCCUUCAUUCCCCAUCACUUACCAGUCAGACAAAGGCGGGAAAAUGUCCUCGGGCAGAAGAAGCCGCUCCUGCAUGUAUCCGCGGAUCGUCGCAGCGUUGUCCCGGUGUUCUUUCUUAUGAUCGUCUGUCUGCACCUGCGACACAGCCGUGUCCAGGACGCCCAAUGCAUCCAAAUUCUUGACCCACCCGUAGGCCACAUCAACGGCCCAGUCAAGCACCCAGUAGAUCCCAUCCCAAUCUGCAAGACAAUCCUUCGGAUAUUCGCGGAUAAAUCCAGCGGCGGCGUCGGCGAAUCGACGUUGCAUUUCAGUCGGGAUCACCGAAGAAGUGAACAUGCCUGCGUAGGGUACCGAUUUGAGCG